AUGUGUCGAGAGCAACCCGGAAUAGCGAUCGGAAGGGUGUGCGGAAAAUGCGACGGUAGGUGUGUGCUGUGCGAUUCAAUGGUGCGCCCUUGCACUCUUGUUCGGGUAUGCGAUGAAUGCAACUAUGGAUCGUUUAAAGGGCGAUGCGUUGGGUGUGGAGGGAGAAUAGCUAAGAACUUUGAGAGAAUUUCUGAUGCUUAUUACUGUAAAGAGUGUACUCAGCUAGAGAAGGAUAGAGAUGGGUGUCCUAAAAUUGUAAAUCUGUGA